AGCGGACAGCCAAUGCAAGUUUGGGUAGAAUACAAUAGUCUAGAACAGAGAAUGAAUGUCACCUUAGCUCCAAUUAAUGUUCCUAAACCCAAACUCCCUCUUUUGUCUCUGUCAAGGGAUUUAUCGCCCAUCGUCAACGAUACUGUAUACAUCGGAUUCUCUGCGUCAACUGGUGCGAUCGUAACAUCUCAUUAUGUUUUGGGUUGGAGUUUUAUGAUUAACGGCCAAGCAGAGGAGCUCGUUGUUGCAGAGCUACCUAAGCUUCCUCGCAGAGGACGGAAGCAAACAUUGAAGUAUUUAAGAAUUGGAUUGCCUUUGAUUUCCCUGACUCUGGUUUUUGUAACAGUUUUAGGGGUUGUUUAUUUCAUAAAGAGGAAGAGGGAAUUCGCAGAUGUAGUUGAAGAUUGGGAGCUCGAUUACGGGCCUCAAAGAUUCAAGUACAAAGAUCUGUAUGUGGCCACAAAUGGGUUCAAGGACAAAGGGCUACUGGGUUCUGGUGGAUUUGGUAAGGUUUAUAGAGGAACAUUACCCACCUCCAAAUUGGAGAUUGCCGUUAAAAAAGUCUCUCAUGAAUCAAGACAGGGGAUGAAGGAAUUCGUGGCAGAAAUUGUUAGCAUCGGUCGUCUCCGUCACCGGAAUUUAGUACAACUCCUGGGGUAUUGCCGGAGGAAAGGGGAGUUGCUCUUGGUCUAUGACUACAUGCCGAAUGGAAGUCUGGACAAGUACCUUUAUGGCCAGCCGAAUAUCAUCCUGAAUUGGAGACAGAGGUUUAGGGUCAUCAAAGGCGUAGCGUCGGCUCUCCUUUAUUUGCACGAAGAAUGGGAACAAGUUGUGAUUCAUAGAGAUGUAAAGGCCAGCAAUGUUCUCUUAGACGGUGAAUUGAACGGAAGAUUAGGAGAUUUUGGGUUGGCGAGAUUGUAUGAUCAUGGAACGGAUCCACAAACAACACACGUGGUGGGUACUCUAGGGUACCUAGCGCCGGAGCACACCCGAACAGGGAAGGCCACAACCAGUACCGAUCUGUUUGCUUUUGGUGCAUUUUUGCUAGAAGUUGCCUGUGGAAGAAGGCCGAGUGAACCACAAGGUGAAACAGAGGAUUUGAUUCUGGUUGAUCUGGUGUUUUUGUUUUGGCAAAGAGGGGAGAUUCUUGAGGUUAGAGAUCCAAAAUUAGGGAUGGAUUUUGUAGCAAACGAGGUGGAGUUGGUAUUGAAGCUGGGGUUACUCUGUUCGCAUUCAGACCCGACAGCUAGGCCAAGCAUGCGCCAAGUGGUGCAGUACUUAGAAGGGAAUGUUCCUUUACCUGACUUAUCAGCGCUAGGCCUGACUGCUGGUGGCCUAACAUUUGCCCAUGGUGAAGGUUUUGAUGACUUUGUCUCGUCCUAUCCGUCUUCCGUGGAUAAGGCAUACACGCAUUCCUCUUCAAUUUCAGAAUCCCUACUUUGAAGGAGGUCGAUGAACCUUAGACUUUUGUACGGAAUAUUUUGUUUGUGUUUUUCUCCAUAUGGUUGUUACUAGAAAUGUUAAAUUAGCUUCUCUCAUUGUGCAAACAGGUAAAGAUAUAUGCUGUUGUGUUUUUUUUUCUUUGAAUUAAGAUCAUUAGUGAUG